CCGGACCAAGCAAAUAACAAAAGAUAAAAUUGGUCAACGAAAAGUCAGCUAUAAUCUCUGCUCUCCACAACAAAUUAACAAUGAAGCUAGAGGUGUGUGGGAGAAUGGGUUGGCACACACGGGUCACAGUUUCACAGACACGCGGCUCCUCGAUGGUUGUCUUCCGCCGACAGCCGCCGCGUGUAUGUCCUUCCCAUACGGAAUCUGCCACGUUGCGUUUGUAUAAUCUGCCUGACUAGGGCUUUAGCAGUGUAUAAGAGACGAGACGAGACGCGAUUCACCGGAGAGUCAAAGAGGCAAGGAGGAGAAAGCCAAUGGCACAUGCCACGUUUACGUCGGAAGGGCAGAAUAUGGAGUCGUUUCGACUCUUGAGUGGCCACAAAAUCCCAGCCGUUGGACUCGGCACGUGGCGAUCUGGGUCUCAAGCCGCCCACGCCGUUGUCACUGCAAUCGUCGAGGGUGGCUAUAGGCACAUAGAUACAGCUUGGGAGUAUGGUGAUCAGAGAGAGGUCGGUCAAGGAAUAAAGAGGGCGAUGCACGCUGGCCUUGAAAGGAGGGACCUCUUUGUGACCUCGAAGCUUUGGUACACAUUAAUUUUAAGAAAAAUGAUUAAUUUAUCAUCGCCACUGAUGAAUGUUUUGGUUGGUACAUGUUUAAACAAAAGGUGCACUGAGUUAUCUCCUGAGAGAGUGCGUCCUGCUCUGCAAAACACCCUUAAAGAGCUUCAAUUAGAGUACCUUGAUCUCUACUUGAUUCACUGGCCUAUCCGGCUAAGAGAAGGAGCCAGUAAGCCACCAAAGGCAGGGGACGUUCUUGACUUUGACAUGGAAGGAGUUUGGAGAGAAAUGGAGAAUCUUUCCAAGGACAGUCUCGUCAGGAAUAUCGGUGUCUGUAACUUUACAGUCACUAAGCUCAAUAAGCUGCUAGGAUUUGCUGAACUGAUCCCUGCCGUUUGCCAGAUGGAAAUGCAUCCUGGUUGGAGAAACGAUAGGAUACUCGAAUUCUGCAAGAAGAAUGAGAUCCAUGUUACUGCCUAUUCUCCAUUGGGAUCUCAAGAAGGCGGGAGAGAUCUGAUACACGAUCAGACGGUGGAUAGGAUAGCGAAGAAGCUGAAUAAGACACCGGGACAGAUUCUAGUGAAAUGGGGUUUGCAGAGAGGAACAAGUGUCAUCCCUAAGUCAUUGAAUCCAGAGAGGAUCAAAGAGAACAUCAAAGUGUUUGAUUGGGUGAUCCCUGAACAAGACUUCCAAGCUCUCAACAGCAUCACUGACCAGAAACGAGUGAUAGACGGUGAGGAUCUUUUCGUCAACAAGACCGAAGGUCCAUUCCGUAGUGUGGCUGAUCUAUGGGACCAUGAAGACUAAACCGAACCCGAGAAUCAAACAUAACUAUGUAAGGAAUGUGUUUGUUGUAACUUGUAAGAUAUCAAAUGUACAUUUUCUGAAAAUAAAAGAAAGCAGUCUCCCGUAUAACCUAAAAA